AUGGCGUCGGAGUUUCUGUCAUCCAUCCCCGAGACGGUGCGAUCACUGUUCCAGCAUGACCCGUCGACCCGUGCAGCAAGCGUGCAGUUCUGGGUGGUGUCGUCGGUGGUGGUGCUGCUGCUCAAGUUCGCCGUGGGCGCCAUUGGGCCACGGUUCACAGUCUCGUCCCAGAACGUCAAGCUCGGCGUCCAGAUCAUCAUGAUACUCAGCCACUACUUUGUGUCCUACAGCCUCGGCCUGAUGCAGCCGUUUUCCGCCGAGAGAGGGUCCGUCACCAACGACCUCUUCCAGCUCCGGGCAAGAACAGCCAGGUACCUCAAGGCGCCUCUCUGGAUCAUCUGGACCAUUCACGCGUUGCGGGUCAUCUGGUUCUACUUCUCCAACAAGGCAUCCGGCGCCUGCGUCGACAACAUGAAGCUCGUCAGCAACUACAUGGCGUCCAGGCAGCAGAAGGACGACACCAGCGCCAUCACCGAGGCGGAGACCACAUUCAUGGCCUGGUAUGAUUACUUAGUCCUUGGGGAAGAAUGGCAGGUGAAGAUGAUCCAGAGGCCCAGGUUCAUGUUUCAUCUGGACAAGACACACAAAGAGGACCUCAUCACGGUGGCCAGGGUAUGGAAAUGCAGUGACGACGCCCAAGACAAGUUGCUGGGCAGGGGCGCCGACCGCGACAGCCGGUUCAAGGACAUGUGCCUCUCCUUCGCACUCUACAAGCUUCUCCGCCACCGCUUCUUCGACUUCCCCAUACCGGAGGCCAAUCACCCGGCCUCAAGGAAGCUCGUCGCCCACCUUAUCGACGAGCAACCGGAAAACCACGGCUACGAGGGUGUUCCGCCGUCCUACCUGGCGUAUGCUGUCCGUGGCCUGCCCACAGCAACCAUUGCCGUCACCAAAGGCGGCUACCUGGCGAGGAUUACCCACGGUGGCUCCGUCACGCGCUUCAUCAUCUUGAUCAUGGUCUGCAGGGAGCUGUGGGAGAUGGGUGUCUACGUGCUGUCUCAGUGGACCAAGGUGGUGAUCAUCUGCCACUACAUCCGGCUGCCACAGAGUCCGACAGGGUGGACCCCGAUGCUCCAUCGCUUUGUGAUGGAGAAGGUGGCCAGGAUCAUAUCAGUCAAGCUGGGGAUUAACGUACAGAGGGUGAUAUUUGAGUCACUCAACCAAGUCGUGAGCGAAGCGUCUGCUGAAGAUGCGAAGAAGAAACCAUCAUCGGCUUUGGCUCAGAAAAGGAGAAACAGAUUACUCAUGUCUCAACACCGAAAGGCCUUGGGCAACAACAGACAGCUGCAAUCCAAAAUCAGCGAUAUCUACUGUGCCCUCGACUCCGGCGAGACCCAAAGAAUUCUGGUCUGGCAUGUCGCCACCAACCUCUGCCAGAUAAAGCUGCUGCUGAAGAUGAAAGCCAGGGAAUCUGCCGGAGUCGACUUGUACAGCCUAUGCCCAAUGGCAGGCCUGCCGGAGCAUUAUUCCACGGCUGUGAACCUGUCCAACUACUGUGCCUACCUGGCCACCAAGGCCCUGGUGCCGGACAAUGGCAUUGUCACCAACAAGGUGUUCAACGCAGUAUGUGAAGAGGCUGCCUACACUUUGAGCAAGUGCAGCACGCUGGGGGAGGUCCACAACGCACUGGUUGCGGAGAUGUCGGCACCUGAUCACCAGCAAAAUGGCCCGUCAAUCGUCAAGAUCGGCACGGAGCUGUCAAUGGAGCUCAUGUCAACAUACGCCGUCGACGGGGAGGACCUAUGGGAGCGCCUGGGCAGGUUCUGGGCGGGAUAUCUCCUUAACCUGUCGGCAAACACCACGGCAGCUAAGCAUCAGGUUCACCUCCAAGGGCAGGGAGAGCUCACCACGUUCCUCUGGGCUUUGCUGUCGCACGCCGGCUUCCUUGGUGACACCACCCAUGGUCAUCAGAUGCUUGACACAGAUGACCUGAAUGCCUGA